ACUGCUGACACAAUUCCCGCGCUGCCCGGGAAGGGAGAGGAAGUGCACGUGCGCGAUCGCGCGACGUCCAGUUUGAAAUAUUUAACAUUUUGAUUUUGUUUUAAUUCACCUUUAAAUUAUCAUUAAUGUUAUACACAUCCGCUAAACUGCAAUCUUGCCUUCUCCAGUAGUCGAUCUAAACAUCUCUGAGAGCGCGUGAAAUCAUGCGCGUGUCUUAAUUACUGAGCCGCUGUUUUUAAAACUGAGUGGCAGUUCUGUAAUAUCGGCUGAUUUAAUCGCUGAAACAUGAUUAAACUGAGCCGACCAUGGGCAGAAACCGCACCGUCUGGACCUGCUCACAGCCUGCAGAUCCGGCGCGGCCCGCGGAGAACAAGGCCGAAUCCAGCGGCUCGGAACCAGCCUGACUCCGCUCAUCAGCCUCGCAGGAAGACGCCCGGGCCGACCCUGCUGAUCCAGAGGCAGGAGAUGGCCGCCUUCUUCAGACUGUUCGAUGAUGAUCUAAUACAGGACUUUCUGUGGAUGGACUGCUGCUGUAAACUUACAGACAAGUAUUUGUUGGCUAUGACAUUUGUGUACUUCAGGAGGGCUCGCUUCAGUAUCACUGAACACAGUAGAAUGAACUUCUUCCUUGGCCUCUAUCUGGCAAACACUAUGGAAGAGGAUGAGGAGGAAACCAAAUAUGAGAUCUUCCCCUGGGCUCUGGGAAAGAGCUGGAGGAAACAUUUCCCACGAUUCCUAAAACAAAGAGACCAGUUGUGGGCACGCAUAGAGUACAGAGCGGCUGUCAGCAGACAAUGCUGUGAGGAGGUAAUGGCUAUUGUGCCAUCUCACUUAAUCUGGCAGCGCGAGCGUGCAGAGCAUCACAGUGGAGCUCAGAGACUGUACCAUAACCGUGAGGAGAUCCUCAUUCCCCGUGGGCCCUCUGCUUCGCCAGAGCCUUGUUUUCUCUGUGCCAAGACCUCUACUCUUCCCGUGCCUCGUCCAUCCUCUAUUGGAGCCCACUCUUCAUCUGUGCCACUGGAGACCAUUGCACACAAGGCCCAAGCUUCACAUGGGCCUAGUAAGAAGACCAAAGCUCAGCACACCUGUAAUUGUAAGACUAAAUCAGGCACGCUUACAGGAAGAGAUGCAUGUCAAGAUCAUUCAAUGGACUGGAUCAGUGAGGAGUAGCUUGAUUGCAUAACAGCAAACAGAUCAUUGAUGCCUGUUGACCAUAUCAGAGGCAUUUCAGCUGUCUGAGGGCCACAAAAGAAUUUCAGUCUCUAAACUGACCUGAGAAAUGUACAGCUUUGGUGUGAAUAGGGUAAUAGUCAUGUACAUUGUUCAUUUAAGAUGUAAAGAAUGUCAGAAAAUAUUGUGUGAAGGUUUGUACAUGUAUUUUACUGUAUCAUAAUCCUCAUCACUAUUUAUUUCUAAUUGUUGUGCAAAGUACUUUGCUAUUUCUCUAGUGCGCACUUUGUUACUCUCUUAUGUCUUAGACAUAAGUGUGAAUGAAAUGUUUAGGAGUUAAACAUGGCAGGAUUAUUAAGUCUGUGUCUUAAAUAAGUAUAACAUCUGGCUGAUAUAAAUAUGAAUAAACACCUAUGAAAUUUAGUCCAUGAAUGGAGCAGAUAGAUUCACUAUAUUUUGGCUUAAACACACAAGAGCAUGAAAGGAAAAUGCAAUUAAAUGUCUUUUUAUUGUACAAGUUUAUUAAUACAGCAUAUGACACAGUAGCUUUGUUGUCCUCUUGCAUACAUUAAAUGUGGAACAUCUAUUUCAAGAUCUUUCGUAAUUUAACGAGGAAGGCUGAAAAGAAACCAAAUCAGACAUUUCAAUAGGAUUCUUAAAAAUACCUUCAUGCACAAUCACAUACAAAGUGGUUUAGGAUUACUAGUGUUUCUCAUUAAACAUUGAACUACACACAAAAAAUGCGGAGAUUACUCCCCAGUAUGGCCAGUCUGUUCAGGAUGAGGACGUGCAAUGUACGGGACAUCUCCAAACGCCACCGGAUCUUGACAAUUCAAAUCCCCUUAAAUAGAGUAUGAUUUAAUUCUAUCUGUGAAUAAUUUGCACUGAUGUUUGGAUUUUUGUGUAAUAGCACUCAAUCUGUGACUCCUUUAUGAAGUAAAACAAAAGGUAAGCACUA